AUGUCCACCAUGAGCCACUCCCAUCGCUCGACGACAAAAGUCUCCCACAAGCCCUUCAAGUCCAAACAUGCGACGAAGAGUGCGCUGCGCAACGCCGCCAAGGGCAAGGUGGCCGGCACCGAAAAGGGCCAGCGCAAGACCCCUCACCAGAACGUCAUGUCCAAGUUCGACCGACGCAACCAGGCCAAGCAGCACCGCCUCACGAAGCAAAAGGAGCACCUCGAGGAGACGUCCCUCUUUGCCGGCCGCGACGGCGCCCCUCGCGUCGUCGCCAUCGUCCCCCUCUGCGAAGACAGCGACGUCAGCUUUGCCAUCAAGCAGCUCAACGAGAGCCUCGACAUUGAGGCCGACAUGGAGGAGAACCCCUUCCGCGUCUCCGUCGACCGCUUCAAGCAGAAACUCCAAUAUGUGCCCCUGAAGCGCGACCUCAACGCCGUCCUCGACGGCACGCGCGUCGCCGACUUUGUCGUCGUCAUGCUGAGCGCCGGCGUCGAGGUCGACCCCCUCGGCGAGCUCAUGCUGCGCAGUCUCGAGAGCCAGGGCAUGUCGACCCUCUACACCAUCGUCCAGGGCCUCGACAAGAUCGAGCCCGCCAAGCAGAAGACGCAGGUCCUGGGCUCCCUCAAGUCCUACAUCACCCACUUCCACCCCGAGCAGGAGAAGCUCUACAGUCUCGACAGCCGCCAGGAGUGCUCCAACCUCAUGCGCUCGCUGUGCAACACCACACCCAAGGGCGUCAGGUGGAGGGACGAGAGGAGCUGGCUGCUGGCCGAGGACAUUGAGUUCGCCUCCUCCGGCACAGCGUCCACAGUCAUCACCGGUGUCGUGCGAGGAAAGGGGCUCAAGGCCAACCGGCUGGUGCAGUUGGGUGACCACGGCGUGUUCCAGAUCGAGAAGAUCAUGGCGGCGCCCAUCGCCAAGAAGAAGAAGGGCGAGGCCAUGGCCGUCGAGGACAUUCACGCCGAGGAGAUCCUCGAAGUGCCCGACGAGGACCAGGAUGAACUCCUCGACCUGGCCCCUGACGAAGCCAUGAAGGGCGACGACAACGACGACGACAUGGAUGACGGCGCCAUGUCCGUUGCCACGACAGCGAAAAAGGGCGUCCUGCUCGACGACCACCACUACUUCUCGGACGACAACCCCCUCGAUCCCACACAGCAGCCCAAGAAGGUUCCCAAGGGAACGUCCAAGUACCAGUCGGCCUGGUAUCUCGGAGAGGAUGUGUCCGACUCGGGUUCGGACAUGGAGGACUAUGACAUGGAGGACGAGUCGUCUGGCUCGGAGGAGAUUGGGCCCGAGGACGGCCUCGAGGGCUACGCGCCGAAGCCGCCGACAGAGGGUGCGCCGUCAGAGUACCCUCAGUCGGAGAUGUUCCAGGAUCUCGACGAGGACGAGGACGCCAAGCAGCUCGCGGCGUUCAGGAAAAACAGAAAGGUAGAUGAGGUGGAGGACGACAAGGAGUUCCCCGACGAGAUUGAGCUGCACCCUGGUGUCGCCGCCCGUGAGAGCGAGUGGGUCGAGGACGAGGACCGCGCACACGAACCCGAAGACUGGCGCAGGCUGCUGCGUGUCCCCGACUAUCAGGGCUCCCGCUCACGGUUCACCCGCGAGGCUCUCGUGGGCGGUGUCGCGCCCGGCACGAGGGUGGCAGUGCACCUGAAGAACGUGCCCGUCACGUUUGAGAAGUCAUACAAGCCCGGCCAGCCCGUGACGCUCGUCUCGCUGCUGAGGCACGAGCAGAAGAAGACGGUCGUCAACUACCUCAUCAACCUCAGCUCUGACUAUGAAAAGUCGGUCAAGUCGAAGGAGGAGCUCAUCGUGCACCCGGCAACACGCCCAACGACGUGCACAAAUACUGCCGCUACCUACACCCAGGCCAGUCGGCCGUGGCCACCUUCACGGGACCCGUGA